CGGGGCGGGGCUAAAUGCAGGAGGGAGGGUCCGCCUUCCACUCUGCUCUCGCCGCCGCCUCGCGACCCAGUGCUGUGAGCUGCCAAAGUCAUGUUACCCAACACCGGGAAGCUAGCAGGAUGUACAGUCUUCAUCACAGGUGCAAGCCGUGGCAUUGGCAAAGCUAUUGCACUGAAAGCAGCAAAGGAUGGAGCGAACAUUGUCAUUGCUGCAAAGACCACCCAGUCACACCCCAAACUUCCAGGCACAAUUUACACUGCUGCUGAAGAAAUCGAAGCAGCUGGAGGAAAGGCCUUGCCAUGCAUCGUUGAUGUGAGAGAUGAGCAGCAGAUCAACAAUGCAGUGGAAAAAGCAGUUGAGAAAUUUGGAGGAAUUGACAUUUUGGUGAAUAAUGCCAGUGCUAUUAGCUUGACCAACACAUUGGAAACCCCUACCAAGAGAGUGGACUUGAUGAUGAACGUCAACACCAGGGGCACCUACCUCACAUCUAAAGCAUGUAUUCCCUUCUUAAAAAAGAGUAAAAUUGCUCAUAUCCUCAAUCUCAGCCCACCCCUGAACCUAAAUCCAGUUUGGUUCAAACAGCACUGUG